UUGGACUUUCCCGCUCUGGCCUCCAAAAGCAUGUUCUGCGCGUGUAAUUGCAGUUUAUUUGCAGAUGGGGUAUUUCACUCUGCAACAUGCUGCCUUGGGACUGAGCGCAUCCAGGCUCUGAGGCGCUGAAUGAAGCAUCUUCCAGUGAGACAAGAGGAGCAGGGGCAGCCAGAGAAGUGAAGGGCAGAGGGGCCGAAAUCUCGCCUGCUGUGGCAGAGUCUGAGACUCUGUGCAAAUCAUCCUCAUGCCACUUGUAAAUAACAAAGUUGGCGAUGAUUGCACAGCAAGCGGAGACAAGGCUUUGGCCGAUGGACAGGCUUUGGUGGAUUCUUUGAUAAAGGUUGUGGCUUGUUAUCGGCAUUUGGCCUCAUGUGUAGGUGGGAGCACGGACAACCUGCAGCUUCGCGAUGAGCUCCGACAAACGAGAGAAAAGGCCCAGAAGUUGGCCGGGGACAUCUGCAAUCACCUGACCACCCACCUCCGGGACAAGAGUCUGCCUGAAGGACAGCGUAAGGAGAUGGAGCUCCUUUGGGUGGCCUUCUCCUCAUCUCUAGAGCUUCUACACGUCGACAUGUGCAAAGUUUGGAACAUGAGCGGGAUUUUUUCACUGGCUGACUCCUCAUCACUCGUGCACACCGGCGUAGAAGGAGGAUGCAGUGAGGUAGCAGCUCGGGCUCUGAGUUUGCCAGACAUGAAUGAGGCUGAGACAAAAACACUCCCUGAAGGCCUCGAGAGCCAAGAACGCAACACCAUGGAGCUAGAAAUCAACCAAAUCGACCGCAUGAUUGAUGACAUGGAGAUGAAAGUCAACGUGCUGCGCUGGAUGGUGGAGCCCCAUGGGCCGCAGUAUGCAGACCCGCUCAGCAGCACUGACAGCGCCUCCAUGGCUCUGGUUCCAGUAGACGAGGAGCAACAGGCUACUGGAUCUCAAGCUCUUUGCCAGCGGAGCCACAUAUUUGUGCUCUUACUGCUGUUUGGUGUUAUUUUCGUAGCAGCCACUUUAUCUGUCUGUGUUUUCCUUUUCUCAUGAGCAAAACCUUAAAGAAUUCAACUUAUUGGUCUUUUUCAGUCAGACUAAAAUACUCAUUAAGACUGUAAAGUGGAAAGCUUUGCAUUUACAUCCCUCACUGAUUUUUCAGAGAGUGAGGAAAUUGCUCAUAAACAGUACACCAGACUUAAUCCAUAUGCCAGCUAGUGUCCCAUUUUUACAUUUAAUUGGAAUCUACCAUAUGCUUCUUAAGUUCAGAUUAGUCAUGUAAAUGCAUGUCUGCCAGUUAGGACGUUUUUCAUAAUCUGAAAUAAUCUAGACCUGAUUAUUAAGGUGCAUUUCCAUUUUUGUACUAUGCUGUCAGACUGUAUAAUUUGGAAAAUCAAUUGGACUUUUAGGACAGAAUCCCUAAAAAAAAAAAAUGUACCAUUGCAUCUUACACAGCUUCUGCAUACAUAACACAUAGUAAAAGUAAGAAAAAAAAAUGCAGCUUUAAAUUUUAUCUUAUUAAAUCAAUAGCACUCAGAGCACUGUGACCUUUCUGACAAAUGC